AUGCCGCGCGACCGCCCAGCGACGACGGGCUACGAGCGUCUGGCUCAGGCCGACCAGCUCAGCGACGACUCCGACGAUGACUUCAUGGUUCAGAGCUAUGCCUCAUUGCAGCCUGCCUCGGCCCCGCGCUUCGCCCCGAUCUCCCAGCCGCGCCCACACUCGGGCAUGACUUCGCCCAAAGCGACCUCAUCCUCUCGGCCCGGCCGACGCCGACGCGUCCGCACUAAUUCCGGCGUCGACCUCAAGGCUAUCAACGCGCGGCUCGAGCGCUGGGCCGACGAGAUUGCCGCCCGCUUCAAGAGGGGGAAGAAGAAGACCGGAGAGGAGGAGCGCCUUGAGAUACACCACUCCGUCUUCCAGGCCCCCGAGGGCGUGCGCCCGGCCACGGCGGAGACGCUUGCCGCUCCCCAGCCGGGUGUGAUGACUCGUGACGAGUUCGAGGCGAUUGUUAAUAGCGUACGGCUAGCCAUCGAGCAGGGUGUGCAUCCGAGGAUGAUCUCUCAGGGCAGCUCCGGGAGUUACUUUGCGCGGAAUCCAGAGGGCAAGGUGGUCGGCGUCUUCAAGCCGAAGGACGAGGAGCCGUAUGCGGCUGGAAAUCCGAAAUGGAACAAGUGGAUUCACAGGAACUUGUUCCCAUGUUGCUUCGGACGUGCUUGUCUUAUCCCCAAUCUCUCAUAUGUCAGCGAGGCGGCGGCGUACGUUCUCGACGUUCAGCUCCGCACCCACAUGGUGCCAUAUACUGACGUCGUCUAUCUGUCGUCCAAGUCAUUUCAUUAUCCGUUCUGGGAUCGCUAUAACUAUUCCAGAAACAGGAAACCGCUCCCCUCAAAGCCAGGCAGCUUUCAGGUAUUUCUCAAAGGCUUUAAAGAUGCAAAUGUUUUCCUUCGGGAACACCCGUGGCCGGACCAGUACCUGUCUGGAUUCCGGACGAAUGAAACCCACCGCAAGAAGAAGAAGAGGUGGGCGGACAACUGUCGCCCGUCCAGUGCUCGUUCCCAAGAUGAUACAGGAAGCGAUGAUGGCUAUGACACCCCAGAGACACGAGUGCCUAGCCCUGGUAAUUUUGUCUGGACGGAAGGCCUGAAACAGUCGUUCAGGGAAGAGCUGGAGAAGCUCGUCAUUUUGGAUUAUAUCAUGCGUAACACCGACCGAGGUCUUGAUAACUGGAUGAUCAAAGUGGAUUGGGAAUCACAAGAUGUUUCGAUUGUGUCCGAGCCCGUUCAACUCAACACCAACACAGCAGACGAGCAAGAGGGACCGCGGCCGGUAGACCUGUCUCAAAGGAAGACAAAUGACCGCGCAAGCUACCCGUACAGGAAGCAGAAGCCUAUGGAGGCCGCGAGCCCCGGGGAAGGACCGCCUGAUCCGAAAAUGACCAUCGGAGCUAUCGACAACUCGCUGUCUUGGCCGUGGAAACAUCCAGACGCCUGGCGCAGCUUUCCUUUCGGAUGGCUUUUCCUACCUGUAGACCUCAUCGGGCGGCCAUUCUCGCAGAAAACGAGAGACCACUUCCUCCCAUUGCUGACCUCCACGCAAUGGUGGAGUCAGACCCAGCUGGCUCUACGAAGAAUAUUCCAAUGUGAUCCUGAUUUCCAGGAGAAGAUGUUUGCACGACAAAUAGCCGUCAUGAAAGGACAGGCCUGGAACGUGGUGGAGACGUUGAAGACGCCGGACCAUGGCCCAUUGGAGCUUACGCGUAGAGCCAAGGUAUGUGUAUGGGAUGACCUCGUGGAGAUACCGGUGGCUGUUCCCAUGAGGGUCACAUCAGCCGAGAUGCGGCGACGGACCCAGGCGGACUUCCAGAAAGGCAUUGAAGAGGAGAUGGAUAUUGGAGCCGCGAAUCCGUCCUCCGAGCCAGUCGACCUGCUCGGCCUGGCCAGUCCACCGGCCGAUCUUCCUCAUCCAGGGAGGUUUGAGAUUGCUGGAGUUGGAGAGUCUCCAGGGGAGGAGAUGGCAUCUCCUGGGGAGGAAGCGGUGUCACCCCUCGAUACGGCUGCGUCAUCUCCCACGCAGCAUCUAUACGGCAGCGGUCGGCAGAGCUGGGAUGACGGGGAUGAUGUCGAGGGCGAUCUCGGCUAUGCGGCGGCGGAGGGCAUGGAGGGGAACCAGCGCAAGGUUAUCGUCGAGAGGCUGGAAGCGGUCAAGGCUAGAAACCCGGUGUUUACAUGCUGGUAG